AAUGAGGUCGGGAGCUCCACAGAUUGUUCCGUACUUUGAGGAGGAUACAGGUAUAACCCUGUAUUCUGUAUCCUGGAUACUAUGUUCCAACCGUCUUGUUGCAGCCGGGGCAAAUACUUUUAAUAAAGGAAUAAUUCAGGUGUACAGUUUAACUAAAGAGUUGAAAAAAGAAUUAGUUUGGGAGAGAGAAAAUGGAAUAAAAGCUGUCACGUUUAAAGGGUCGUCUUUACAGGAUAGAUUUCUGGCCGUUGGUGACCUCGGAGGUCGCAUUGAAUCCCUAGAUAUAGAGGCUAAGAAGGAGGUCUGGGGGCUGAGAGGGCAUGAGGUUGUUAACUGUAUAGAUGGAGCAGGAGGAAAGGGUUCAGGAGCGUAUGAAAUUUUAAGUGGAGGUAGAGAGGGUUGUGUGAAAGUGUGGGAUACCAGAAUACCAAAUAAACCUGUUGUAAGGGAUACUUGGAUCCUGCAAGACAUACAAAUUGAAGAGUGCAAAAAUGAAAGUGCAUAG